UCAAUUCAGGGGCAAUUGGAAGAUUUGAUAAGCCAACUGCCCAAUGAGUUGCUGCACGAGAUACUCUUGAAUCUUCCCACGAGUGAGUCUGUUAGGACAAGUGUCUUAUCGACCAGAUGGAGAAAUCUCUGGCAAAGUGUUCCUGGAUUGUAUCUACCUCACCUAGAGGUUAUGCAUUUAGGGUCUAUUUGGAUUCCGAGUGAUGUGGUUCUAGAGAUGCUUAUCUCAUGCUCUCCAGUUCUUCAAGUCUUGAGCAUUUAUAAUAUCGGAGUGGAACUUUUGAAAGUGCGAUCUCAGACGUUAAGGAGCUUGAGUUUACUAGAUAUAUAUAUCUAUAAGGUAGAAUAUGAUGAUGACUCCUUCAGAGUAGCGAUUGUUAGUUCGUCUAUCAAGAUGUGUAUCGAUGGCAACUAUGCUUACUCUAAACUGCAACAACUGCCUGAAUUUAAGAACUUGACCCGUUUGUAAGCUUUUUCCCAUUCCGACUUUUCAGAGAUGUUGCCUGUAUAUCUCUCCAGCUGUCCCAACCUAAAAUCUAUAGACUUGGAGCUUCAUGGUUAUCCAAAGAUGGAGGAAAUUGCAAGCUCACCUGUGCCACAAUGUCUCAAAACAUCCAUUGAGAAUGUCAUCAAAAUGACGCCCAAGGCUGGCCAAGAGAGAAGCCGAAAAGCUGAAACAGAGUUUGCUAACUACAUCUUAGAGAAUGCAACACUUCUCAAGAAGCUCACUCUAUGGUUAGAUGAAGAAGAAAACGAGUGUAGCAGCGUCCAUGAGCAAAUUCAUCUCACGUUUCGAAAUUGCACUUUUGUAGAGGUGAAGAUAGGUAGAGUAGCAUCGAAAUUUUGCCUAGGUUAUAUAUUUGAAGCUAAGCCCUUUAGUCGUUUUCUUUCUUCUUCGAAUUCUUAUUAUUGAACCUAUGAUGAUCAAGUUUACGGUUCCAGUUUAGUAAUACUUGUAAGUGUAUUGUAGAUAAAUUGAGUCGAUGAUGAUGAUC